GUCUCUCCCCUCUUCCUCUUCCAUCUCUCAUUCUCUCUCUAACCCUCCUCCGCCCCUCUCUCUCUCUUCCUCCGCUGCCGCUGUUGGCCCGUGGUUUUCAACCCGAAAACCUUGAAAAUGAUGCAAGAUAAGUGCAAUGCUCCUUCAGGGUUUAGACCCACUAAAUCAGCUCCGUCAUCUCCGACCAAGCCCCUCGGUGGUGAGGUAUUGAGAACUCAGUCCGACUCGUUUAAUUUGAAUACUAUUCGGCCCGAGUCACUCAAUUUCAACAUGAACCGGUCUGAGUCUUACCAUCUGGCUCACAAGGUCCCUGCUGUUGGUGACUCUCCUUAUGUCCGAGCCAAACAUGUUCAGUUGGUAGAGAAGGAUCCGGAGAGGGCAAUAUCGUUAUUUUGGGCAGCGAUUAACGCAGGAGAUCGAGUUGAUAGUGCGCUGAAAGAUAUGGCCAUUGUUAUGAAACAACAGAAUCGCGCAGAAGAAGCCAUUGAAGCGAUUAAGUCGCUGCGAAGAAGGUGUUCGGAUCAAGCUCAAGAGUCGCUAGAUAACAUCCUUUUGGAUCUCUAUAGGAGAUGUGGGCGAUUGGAUGAUCAGAUUGGAUUGUUGAGACACAAGUUGUUCUUGAUCCAACAAGGGAUGGCUUUCAAUGGGAAACGAACGAAAACCGCAAGAUCCCAAGGGAAGAAAUUUCAAGUUUCGGUGGAGCAGGAGGCAACUCGCCUACUGGGGAAUUUGGGAUGGGGGCUUAUGCAACAAAACAAGUAUACAGAAGCUGAAGAUGCAUACAGAAGGGCACUAAUGAUAGCACCAGAUAACAACAAGAUGUGCAAUUUGGGCAUAUGUUUGAUGAAGCAAGGGAGGGUUGGUGAGGCUAAGGAGACACUUAGACUAGUGAAGCCAGCAGCGGUGGAUGGGCCAAGAGGCGUUGACUCGCAUCUCAAGGCUUACGAUAGAGCACAACAGAUGCUUCGAGAUCUCGAAUCAGAGAUGAAAAGUGGAGGAGAUAAGAUACAGUUUGAUGAUGCAUUCAUGAGUUCCUCAACCCUUUGGCAACCACAACCUUGUGGUAAAGAACAUUGUUCAAACCCGAGCAAAACCCGAGAUGGUUAUGCCAAUGAGAAUGAAAAUAAUUGGAAUACCAUUGUCACACAUGGGGUGGAUAAUUCGGUGUCUAAAAGAUCAAGGAGGCCGGGUUCACCCGAUGGUCGGACAGGAUUUUUGCCCGACAGUAAGGACUUUGAAAAAGCUAUUAUUGCUGCGGUUUUGGGUUCGAGCACAAAACCGGAGAAUAUGAAGCUGGUGGAGAGAAAGAUAGAAAAGAGGCUCAAGGUUUUUCAAGACAUCACCCCAUCAAUAAUAAGUCCUUCAAGAGCUUGAGGAAACUCAACACUUAACAAUAACAUUAUAUAACUGAGUCAGUCGGGUUGCUCCGUGUCAUUUUCUCGAGCCGAACAUGGACCUUGCUCACCCCUAUAACUGACUAACUCUUACUUAGUUCAUUUAAACUUUAGGUUGGAGAUACACUUGUUCUCCGGGGGAUAUGGAUUGUAUGGCAAUAAGCAAUGGCAAUGUGUCAAUUUAUUUAUGAAUGCAAAUCAACCAUGAGUGUUUGUGUU